CCCACACAGAUUGAACCCGCUAAAGGUGCAGUGUCUUACUCUGGAGAGGAAAUAUUGAAUUUCACCAAGAGACUGUUUGUGGAAGUGAUGAAUGAAAUGUGUACAGAAAUUACAAAGGAAGCCAUGGACAAGGUACAUUAUGACCUUCGAUUGUCCACGGAGAUUACAAACACGAUUCACGAAGAUACGAUAUCAGAGUUCAUAAAAGAAACAGCAGAUUCGGUGUUAACUGAAGAACUCGAUCGUAAAAGAAUCGUUGAGGAAAACGCGGUCAUCCGAGAGCGGGUAUUACGUACCAUCAACGAUGACUUCACAGAGGAGUUUAUCUCCCUUGAAUGUACAAGGAUUGUGGAGGAAGUUAUACGAGAAGUGCGUUUGGAGCUUCUGGAAUUGGCCAGAGAAAGAGUAUCAAAAGAGAUUUGUCAGUCAUUGAUCGAGGAAAAAAUCUCUAAUGAAUUAGAAGAAAUUGCAGAGGAAGUCUUCCAGGAGGCAAAGGCAGAGAGAGACGCUAAGUUGCAGUUAUUGGCCGGCUAUGUCAAAAGAAGCAGAACUGCAAAAUAUUUCAAAAGGUGGUUCAAAGCAUUCCGCGCCAGUGUGCAUCUAAAGGAACUUUUAGGCUCGUUUCCUCCUGGACCUCCCAUGCUCAACAUCGACAAUCAACUUCAGCACCUUGUGGGACACAGGAAACGGGACAUCGCCAUGGCCGUCCUACGAAGUGAUGCUCAUGAAAGGGAAAUCCACGAUGCAAUCAAAAAAAGACAAACAGAUGUGGAGUACAGCAGAAAAGAAGCAUGCCGUCCGCUGGACGUACCAUUGCUGCUUGCAGACUCGAUGAGAUGCCAGCCAGACGCUCAAAGAUUAGUUCCCAGCUCUCCGGUUUAUUGGAAAUUAAUUCUAUCGUUACCAGAAGUCCGCGAUGGGCUGGAAUUCGCCGCCAGUGAUGACGAUAACGGACUUGGCGUCUGUUAUAUAAUCAAGGAAAAGUUUAAAAGAGGAUUGUAUCCGGUCAGUGACAACAUUCCUCAGGGACUUAAGAGAAAAAUUGAUUUGUUAGCACUCUAUGGUGCGGAAGUCCGUGGAAUUCCUUUACAGAAAAGAUUACUGAAAAUUUGCACUAAGGCCUGCUAUGGUGUUUUAACGAACACAGAAGUAAGAGAAGCUAUGGAUACGCGGCAGUUUUUCGGAUCUUGCGCGGUCAUCUUCGUUGUUGACGGAAAAGAACUUAAGAGCAAUCCAGAGGCCCCCAGAGAAGCUCACAUUCGCUUGAGACGUGUACUUGAAAGCAAGCCACCUGAACCGAGACUGCCAGUCGCUGUGAUAGCAAUAGACAACGACGAGCAUUCCUCAACCGAAGGAGAUGUGUUAUCCCUUCUCGGUGUACAGCAGCUAAGAACAGACGGUCUAAUAUCAGAGUACAAACUCUCCACAGUCAGCUCGCUCCCAGGCCACCGGGAUGAUCUGUCACCAAAGCUUUGCUCAGCAGUGAGUUGGUUAGGAAGUCACAUGGCUCGAUGCAGUCUUCCGAGAGCGGACAACAUAGUAAACUUCAUUGAAAAUGGUCUUCAGCGAUUCUUCACGACGCCACUGGCCGAGGAUGUGUUUGUCAGAAGACAAGCCAAAUUAGAACAACAGUGCCCGGAAGCUAUUGUUGAACUAUACAACAGUGCCUUGGAACAUUUAGGAGCCGUUGCUUCAUCGAGGAGUUUACAAAAUAUGUCUUGGCCGAUAAAAGAAUUUAGCGAUAAAGAAAACAGGGAACACGCAGACAUACCAGAUGUUACAUGGAACAGUUACGAGAACUUACAAAGAAUGAAUUCCCUUAUUAUUUCAUUAAAACUCCCUCCACCUCCACCAGCGGCUGUUGAGGGCACAUGGGAAUCUGAAAGAAAUUUGUGUCUGAAAUACGUUCGAAGUUUGUCACCAAACACCGCCAGCCUGUUAAACAGGGUCAGGUGGGUUCUCUCACGCACCCAUCGAGCAUUGAACGGUAUCGACUUACCGCUGGCCAGUCCUUGGUUAUCUGCAUCUCAAGUUCCCUGGCCACUCGUGCUGGAAGCAUGCGUAAACUUUCGCUUAACCCCACUACAUUCAGACCCAGGCGUAGAAGAGCAGGACGUGUAUUUCUUACCUGAGGAGUUGGACGCGUUUUAUCCACCGUCUCUCUGGACGCAGUCGGUGAACUUAUCAAAGGAGGAAGCGGCAAAGGCGAAGGGUGAAAGCAGUCUGGGGUUGUCUAAACCAAGGAAGACCAGAGACACAGUGUUACACGAGUCGUUUAUGGACAUGGAACAGCAGUUUCACGAGAUAACAGGUUCCUCUCCAUCUCUCGCAAUACCAUCAGUGGAGUUUACGCCUUCGGUCACGUCAUCCUAUAUCUCGAUUCCAUCAGUCACGCCACUAUUAGUAACGCCAGCUCUUGUCCCGCCAAUUCCACUUGCGUCUUCCGUGGAUAUCGAAUCUCCAAGUUCGUCUUCCCGGUCUGAAAUAAGGAUAAUGAGCAAACAGUUGAAAUCUGCUGUGGACCAAGCUAAGACGAAGUCUAAACGAUUUGAAGAAUUAUUGAAAAACGCUCUUAGUGAGGGUGAAAGUCCUCGGGCACUGGGAGAGAGCUCGUGGAGGAAAAGAAAAGCGCAGAGCCUGGGAGAAAGCAAGAAGUCGCCAAAGUUUCUUGAGGGAAUGAAUCUGCCGGAUUUUGAUGUAUCUUUCGGUUCUCUGAAAGAAAGCCUGCGCCACUUUAAUGAAACACUCAAGUCACAAAGACGUUCUGACAAGUUCACAGAAAGAAGGUUGAGAGAAUAUCUGGACUCGUAACAAAAAGCAGACCCAUCAUUAUAACAUCCUUAUUACAGAUUAAGAUAGAAGUUUUGAAAAAUGAUAUGAGAUUGUGAUUAGAAUGUUACAAGAUCUUGUUUACCUGUCAU